AAAAAGGGCUCAUCAACUGCAUUGUCAUACAAGCCAUGAGACUCUCUCUUUAAGCUCAGGCCUCUCCCAACCAAUUCUCUCAUCAUUCUUCAUUUCCCAGCUCUGAUUUCAAGAAAAUUCGCCGGAGCCACCACCAUUGCUUGGAGUUGUAGGAGCCCUUAUACCUUGUAAAUCCAUUUGUACAUUUUCUAAGUUCUAAGGGCUCCUAACACUCCAAGACUUUCUUAUCACUUGUAAAGAUGGGAGAAAUGACGAGCUUCCAGUUGGGUGUUGUUGGCGCACUGUUCCUAUCAGUGGCUUCAUCUGUCUCCAUUGUCAUCUGCAACAAAGCUUUGAUGAGCAAUCUGGGCUUCCCUUUUGCUACUACACUCACUAGUUGGCAUCUUAUGGUGACAUUCUGCACCCUUCACACGGCGCAACGCUUGAAUUUUUUUGAGUCCAAGUCCAUUGACACAAAGACUGUAAUGCUCUUUGGCAUCCUAAAUGGGGUUUCAAUUGGACUUCUCAACUUGAGCCUGGGUUUCAACUCCAUUGGAUUCUACCAGAUGACAAAACUUGCAAUUAUACCAUUCACUGUAUUAUUGGAAACUCUUUUCUUGAACAAGCAAUUCAGCCGGAAGAUAAAGUUCGCUCUUUUCCUCUUACUAGUAGGAGUUGGCAUUGCCUCUGUGACUGAUCUUCAGCUCAAUUUAGUUGGAACAAUUCUCUCUCUUUUAGCAAUUGUAACUACCUGUGUUGGUCAAAUUCUCACAAACACAAUACAAAAGAGGCUCAAUGUCUCUUCUACUCAGCUGCUCUACCAGUCAGCUCCAUUUCAGGCUGCAAUUCUUUUCGUCUCAGGCCCUCUGGUUGAUCAGUUCCUCACCAAGCAAAAUGUCUUUGCCUUCAAAUAUUCUCCUUUAGUUUUGGGAUUCAUCGUACUUUCAUGCCUAAUUGCCGUAUCUGUGAACUUCAGCACGUUUCUAGUUAUUGGCAAGACAUCACCAGUUACAUAUCAAGUGCUAGGCCACCUCAAGACAUGCCUCAUUCUUGGCUUUGGCUAUACACUACUCCAUGACCCCUUCACAGAAAGAAACAUUAUUGGAAUCCUAAUAGCAAUUUGCGGCAUGGGACUAUAUUCAUUCUUUUGCACCCAGGAGAGUAAAAAGAAACAAUCCCCUGAUCUAUCGUUGGUGUCUCAGAUUAAAGAUAAAGAUACUACACAGCUUUUGGGUCAUCCAGAUAAGGAGAGUCAUGAAGCUAAGAAAUCAACUAAGGACUCUGUUGUUUAAGUGAAAGACUUUGUGAUAAAGGUUUCAUGUAUUUUUGUGUUCUUUCCAGAUUCAGGACAUUUUUUCCGCUCAUAAAUUCAAAGACAUUUUGAUGAGUGUAAAUGAUAUUAAUUCGUUAAAUAAAUUCCCUUUCUUUUUUUUA